GAGCAGGGCUGCAGGAUCCCAAGAGCCACAGACCUUGACCCCAGGGGAAGCUGGAAAACCAUUCUGCCCAAUAUUAGGCCCUCUGGCUUCAUCUCCCCAGACAGAGCAGCCUGGCUCACCCUCCUCUCACAAGGAUUCCAGCCCUACCAACAGAUUUCCUAAUGCAGUCCCCACCUCAUCCCAUAAGAGGCACAGGCAUUGUGUGUGCUGUGUAUAGAGCCUAAACCCUUAACGUUUGGGCCCACUGGCUGAGAUGCUGUGAAGCAUGGCACAGAAUCAGAGAGAGGGUAAGGAUAUACGGACAAGUCAGUUUCUCACAGUGGGACAUCCUACUGACAUUGCCCUCAGCCCAGCCCCUCUGUACAUGAAGGUACGAGGGGCAGCAAGUCCCCCUCUGCUAGGGACUCCGGGCAGAGCUUUGGGCAUGGCCUCACCACACUCAGGACUCCUUCUUCAUAGUGAUACCUAAUUCAAAUAACAAAAUCAGUGUCAUCAAUCUCAUCAGAUAGGUUUAUCCCCAUUUUGUGGAUGAGACAACUGAGGCCAGUGAGACAAUGGUUUGCAGUCUCUGUUCUAUCACAGGGAUACAGCGUCCUACUAGGCAUAUAUAUUCAUCCCAAACAACACAAGACACAGUGUGUGUCAGCCCAGAAAACCUACUAUUUACCUAGAGACAAAACCCAAAAUCUCUACAGCUAGUCUGUGCCAGGUACCUCUCAGUGAAGAAGGUGGCCAACCAGAGAGGUGACCCCAGCUUCCUCCCCUGGUUCUGGACUCCUAGGCUGUGUCCCUCUCUGUACCUCCCUCUCUCCUUCCCUCUGCUCCCUAACCCUCUCUUUCCCUCCUGUCACCUCUGGCAUUGCCUGCAGACCCCCAACUGCUUCACAUCUUUGCAUACAAGCAAAUAGACGGUUGAGAAUUGUGGCUGCCCCUGAAGCUGAGGUGUCCCAGUGAGUGUCCAUAGAUUCUCUGAAUAGGUGGGAAGGAAACACAGGUCAUCAAGAGAUCACUUAUUUGAGACUUGGGCAUACUGAGAUUUCACCUCCUGAUGUUUUCUUGUGUGAGCAGUAUCAUCUCUCUGUAAUCCAAGACCAAGGAAUGAUCAGAAAGCUGGGGAGGGUAGGCAAGGAGUGGCUGGGAAAAGCCAGCUUGAGAAGACAGUCUGUUGAGCUUAUGGAUAAGGGGUGCACUGGGCUUGGCAGUCCUCCGAGUAACCUGGGAUGCUUACGUGGCAGAUCUCCUGUGCCAGGGCUGCCCGUGGAUUAGCGGGCUGCUCAAGGCCUGGAGCUAUCAACUGGCAUGGCCAUCAGCCCAGUCUCCGGGGAGAACACACUGAACCCUCAGGAGGAGGAUAUGUGAGCUCCAGAGUUUUCCACGUCAAGCCUCCAUAACAGCUCCAUCUCCCAGCUCAGUGAUUCUCAGUUCUGAGUGGCCAAUAGGAUCACCUGAGGGCUCUUAAAAAUACAGAUCCCUCAAGUCCACCCCAGACCAUUUAAACCGAAAUCUCUGAGGGUGGGCAUCAGAUUUGUAAGUGCCCCAGAUGACUCAAAGGUACAGCCAGGGCUGAGAACCCCUGAUCUGAUGGGCUAUAGAAGAAAAGAAACAACACUGUUCUAAGCCCGACACCUAGGUAUGGCAGAGGAGUUAUGGGCAGGGCUUAGGGGACAUGACAUGUAUUGCUUUAUCUCAAAGAUGGGUCAUAUGUGUUCAUUGCUAAAAAUUCAAGAAUCCUAGAAAAGUACAGAGAAAACCUCACAUGGGCACUGGGAACCUUUCCCAAGGCAGGGCUGAGGAGAGGUUCCUGAUAGAGCCCCACCUGGGUGGCAGCUCCCUGCUUUUACACUGAGGUGGGGAGCAGAGAGAAUACCCUCAUUUCACAAUGGUGCAUGGGGUCACACUACCCACCAGGAAAGGAACCUAGGCUUGCCAAACCCCCUCCACGUCCGUCGUCGUCGGCCCUGUCUCUGUGCCCCAUCCCUGCCGCACCGCAGUGAACUGAGUAACAAACAGCUGACUGGCCCUGCGGUGGGGGCGAGAUUAUCCUGCCCAAGCUGUGUCUGGAUGGGGUGGGUGUGCGUCUGGGCAGGGCCACACAUCCCCACCUGCGGACACGCAAGGCAGUGACAUCUCACUUGCAGGGACCUAGGGCUCUUCUUUGAUCCGUUCUCAGACUCGGGCACUCCACACGGCCCAUCAGAGUGGUGGCCCCGCGGGCAAAGCGACAGGCUCCACCUUCUGGGGCCCUGGCGGUUCCCAUGGCACCCUCGGAGGAGUCGCUCUCGGGCCAUGAGUGCCCUGGUGACUGUGUCUGCAGCCAGAUGUAGGGGACCCAUGUGGGUCCAAGGCUGCUCUCCUCAGGGGCAUGGGCUGGGGCGUUUCCAGACUGUGGGAUCCAGGACCAGACAGUCCCGCCCCCGCACCACGCCCUGUCCACGCUCCAGAGGGGCACACACACCCCCACCCCCCAACCAGAUCUCCACCAGGGGCGACGUUCUGCGCUGAGGAAGGACUCAGCUGAGACCUGGGCCACAGACGUGGAAUGAGCGCUGAGGGAACCUGGGGGCGGGGCCUGGAGGGCGGGGCUGGCUUCCAGCGCAUGCCCCGCCCUCCCCGGGCCACACCGGCGCCUUUGUCAAUAUUGACGUGGGGCGGGCUGGGCGUUCGGAGAUAAGCCAGGAAGGAACAAAGCAGCGUCCGAGAGCCCAGAACCUGCCAGGCGAGGGUGAGGGUGGGCCACGGGGACUCCGCAGAGGGAAGAGCCUGAGGACUAGAACUUGGAAAUAAAAUAGAAGAGACGGGACCAAAGGCCUGAGCUCUGUGCCCGCUGACCUUUAAAGGCCCCCAAGGAGACAACGGAGCAGCCAGAUGGACAUCAACAAGGGCCUCCCAGCCAUCCAGAGCCAUAAAGACCUCCACGUAUGGAUCAUUGAGAACCUGAAGAUGGUGCCAGUACCGGAGAGGGCUUAUGGGAACUUCUUUGAGGAACACUGCUACAUCGUCCUCCACGUCCCCCAGAGCCUGAAGGCCACACAGCGGGUGUCCAACGACCUGCAUUACUGGGUCGGGAAGCAGGCAGGUGCGGACGCGCAAGGUGCGGCGGAGACCUUUGUGCAGCAUCUACAGGAGGCGCUGCAUGACGCCCCCGUGCAGCACCGGGAGGCGCAGGAGCACGAGUCUGACUGUUUCCGCAGCUACUUCCGCCCUGGAAUCAUCUACAGGAAGGGAGGCCUAGCCUGUGGCCUCAAGCACGUGGAGACCGACAUGUACAACAUCCAGCGACUGCUGCACAUCCAAGGGAGGAAGCACGUGUCAGCCACCGAGGUGGAGCUCUCCUGGAACAGCUUUAACGAGGGUGACAUCUUCCUGCUGGACCUGGGGAAGGUGAUGAUCCAGUGGAACGGGCCCAAGACCAGCAUUGCUGAGAAGGCGCGGGGCCUGGCCUUGACCUGCAGCCUCCAGGACAGGGAGCGUGGUGGUCGUGCACAGAUCGGUGUGGUGGAUGAUGAGGUCGAAGCCACUGACCUCAUGCAGAUCAUGGAAGCUGUGCUGGGCUGCAGAGUGGGCAACCUGCACACAGCCAUGCCCGACAAGAGUAUUAACCAGCUGCAGAAGGCCAAUGUCCGCCUCUACCAUGUCUACGAGAAGGGCAAGGACCUGGUGGUCCAGGAGUUGGCGACCUCCCCACUGACCCAAGACCUACUGCAGGAGGAGGACUGCUACAUCCUGGACCAGGGUGGUUUCAAGAUCUACGUGUGGCAGGGACGCACAUCCAGCCUCCAGGAGAAAAAGGCUGCCUUCACUCGGGCUCUGGGCUUCAUCCAGGCCAAGGGCUACCCGGCCCACACCAACGUGGAGGUGGUGAACGACGGCGCCGAGUCGGCCGCCUUCAAGCAGCUCUUCCGGACGUGGUCUAACGAACAACGCAGGAACAACCCCGGAGGGAUGGGUAAAGGGAUUCAGGUAAAGCCGGACGUGGGCAAACUGCGCAGCCAGCCUGAGCUAGCGGCUCAGCUCAGAAUGGUGGAUGACGGCUCCGGGAAGGUGGAGAUGUGGUGCAUCCAGGACUCGUGCAGGCAGCCCAUGGAUCCCAAGCAUCAUGGACAGCUGUGUGCAGACAGCUGCUACCUUGUACUCUACGCAUACCAGAACAUGGGCCGUGUCCAGUACAUGCUGUACCUAUGGCAGGGCCCCCAGGCCAGCGCACAUGAGAUAAAGGCCCUGAACUGCAACGCUGAGGAGCUGGACCUCAUGUACCACGGAGCCCUGGUGCAGGAGCACGUGACCAUGGGCAGUGAGCCCCCCCACUUCCUUGCCAUCCUCAAGGGCCAGCUGGUGGUCUUCCAGGGGGACACAGGGCACAAUGAGAAGGGGCAGCCGGCAUCCACCACGAGGCUCUUCCAGGUGCAAGGCACCGACAGCUACAACACCAGGACCAUGGAGGUGCCAGCCCGUGCCUCAGCCCUCAACUCCAGCGACAUCUUCUUGCUGGUCACACCUGACAUCUGCUACCUCUGGUUUGGGAAGGGCUGUAGCGGUGACCAGCGUGAGAUGGCACGGAUGGUGGUCACUGUCAUCUCCAGGAAGAAUGAGGAAACGGUGCUAGAGGGUCAGGAGCCUCCCCACUUCUGGGAGGCCCUGGGAGGCCGGGCUCCCUACCCCAGCAACAAGAGGCUCCCUGAGGACGUCUCCAGCUUCCAGCCGCGACUAUUUGAGUGCUCCAGCCAGACGGGCCACCUGGUCCUCAUGGAAGUGAUGUUCUUUAGCCAAGAGGACCUGGACAAGUAUGACAUCAUGUUGCUUGACACCUGGCAGGAGAUCUUCCUGUGGCUUGGGCAAGCUGCAAGCGAGUGGAAGAAGGAGGCAGUGGCCUGGGGCAGGGAGUACCUGAAGACCCAUCCGGCGGGGAGGAGCCCGGCCACGCCCAUCGUGCUGGUCAAGCAGGGCCACGAGCCUCCCACCUUCACUGGAUGGUUCCUUUCCUGGGACCCCUACAAGUGGACCAACAACCAGUCUUAUGAGGAGGUGGUGGAGGGCAGCCUGGGAGCAACAUCUGCCGUCUCUGAGAUAACAGCUGAAGUCAAAAACUUCCAGCUGUCCAGAUGGCCAAGCCAUGGCAGGGCAAGCCCCUUGGCCCUACAAGCCCUCAAGGGCUCCCAGGACAGCUCAAAGAGUGAGCUGGAGCUAGGCCCCAAGGCAGGCAGCAGCAACAGCAGCAGCACCAGCACCAGGACCACUGCCAGCACCAGCACUAGGACCAGCGCCAGCUCCAGCACCAGCACUACAACCAGCUCCAGCACCAGCACCUACCACAGCAGCCCCAGAUCCAUGGUCAGUGGGAACCUGCCUCGCGAACAGCUGAUGCACCAGGCCGCCGAGGACCUGCCAGAUGGCGUGGACCCAGCCCACAAAGAGUUCUAUCUCUCAGACUCCGACUUCCAAGAUAUCUUUGGGAAAUCCAAGGAAGAAUUCUACAGCAUGGCCAAGUGGAAGCAGCAGCAGGAGAAAAAGCAGCUUGGUUUCUUCUGAACCCAGGCCCUGCCUGUGCCCCCUACAGGGCCAAGGCCCCCCAGGAGACCUCCCACACACAUACCUGAGCCCCUGGGGAGACCAUGUUGGCACUCCCUGCUCAGAGACUCCUGGGUCACCCCCCUACUUGUCAAUAAAAGCUUAUGGCCCUCACAA